AUGGACCAAGCACUCAGGUCACCAGCCGUUCAGCGAGCUCUACCUGAUCUCGCUGGACUACAUACCACAUUCGGCUUCGACCGCUUUCUUGCGAGCCCACCGCCCACAAUUACGUCGGACCCAAAGUCCAUCAGAGAGCUUUUUCGUGGGUAUGCCGUACAGAUGGAGCGUCACGAACGCUUCACGGACCUUUGGAAGCAUCAGUACGCGAAUCAGCUCGUCAAUCUUCGCCAACUGAUCACAGCCUUUGACAAUCGACGGCUAGAAAUAGAAGAAGCUGCAGCUCACGACGAAAGUUUAGCUGAAGAUAUUGAGACGCGGAUGCUCGGCUCGUUGGAGUUCGAAGACCUUUAUUAUUUCCUUGCCUGCAAGACGCGAACCUUAUAUUCGGACCUUCAGUUAAGAUUUGUGUCCGAUUUCAUCACCAUGGACACCGUGCUCCACCGGCGUGGUGGCUCGUCGUACGCUCACGCCGCAUGUACCGUUCGCGAUUUUCGUAAUUUUCUACGGGCCGUUUGGUUCCACCUCUUGCACCCGGUCAUCGUGCGCACUAUCGAGGCGUCGAUAAACCACCGCAAGUACCAGGUUCUCAAGGCAAACCCGCUCUUACCAUCUUGGAACCUGGAGAACACCACACAAGAAGAAAGGGACAGUAUUCAGAAAUAUGAAAAGGGACUGAAUUUGGACGCGUCAACUAUGAGCACACUGUUCGGGCGCCUGGAAGAUGUAAGCGCCCUGUCUAUUCCUGCCCUUUUGAUGAAGGUUUCGGCGCAUGAACUACAACUUCGAGACACACUGUCCGAAGAACAGACUUCACAUGCAAGCGAUCGCGGAAGCUCGGCUUUUGUGGAAAGAGCGAGAUUUGCAACUUUCGAAGGCGAUACAAAGGGGCAUAUUGCUAGUGACUUGCAGGAGAUUGGGACGCAAAAGCCCGAGCUUCGAGCAGAGUCGGGUCACCAGCGAUCAAAGUCUGAUAACGCAUCCAGCAGGCUGUCAAGACGACCUGACCGAAGACCGAAGUCAUCUUUCGUACUGCUCGACAAUGACAGUCUGAGAAAGACCGAUGUUAAAGCCAUAGACGGUGGCGAUAGUGCAUGCUAUGUGACAACUGGAUUGUCGCAGCUUGUUCCUGAUGACGGGAGAGGGCGAAGUUCUAUCCAGGCAACUAGCCAGAGCAGUGAAGACCGACUGCCUCCCAGUCCGGAGGUCCCGAGGCAGUCUGCUCGUUUCUGUCCGUCUCUUUCGCCGUGCAGCUACCGCAUGCCAUUCCACGGUGACGAGCAAUUCCCGCACGACCCACCGACACCACCGCCCAAGUCCGCGUCACUUCUGGCACGUGCGAAGGAACGCGAGCUCGAGGCGAGGCUGAAGCGGCUCGAGCGAAUCGAGCAAGAGACAUGGCGGCUACAAGACGCGCUGCGGCAGGUGCAGGCUCUUCAGCGAGAGAAUUCGCGGCUUCAGGAGCGACUGUUGUUGACCUCUGCUCCGCCGUCUACGCCCAAGGGGUUGUUCCGACGGUUGUCCAGGGCUCGCGGUCGAUCACCCGGAAAAUCAUUACAAUAG